AAGUGUGAAAUACAGAGUAAUUGAUAUCUUCUUCAACCUAUCUUCUUCAACCUAAUUUCAGUUUUCUGGCGGAAAAACUUUCAUACAAUCAGCAAGUUUGCUUGGGAAACGUGAAUAUUAGAUUGAAAUCUCGUUUCCGGGAUAAAUUCAGUUUCAAACACGUCUCUAUUUUUCUGAAACGGUUUCGGCGCGUUCCGAAUCGCGUUUCCCGGUUUCAGGACGUUUUGGAAACGGUACGUCGUGAUUUUUUGGCGUUUCCGUGCUUCGUAGAGCAAAAGUGAAGAAAGAAAUGAGUGAGAGAAAGAGUGAAGAGGGGAAGUUAUAUACAUCAGUAAGCAACACUGAAGUAGAUUCGGAUCGACCCAACAUUGAAGAUUAUCUCUCUGAAUCCCUCCCUGAGCCCCAUGGCAAGCUUCGUUUGAGGGACUUGAUUGAUCUUUCUCCUGUUCUUACUGAGGCUGCUGGUGCCAUUGUUGAUGACUCAUUUACGCGUUGCUUCAAGUCAAAUCCUCCAGAGCCCUGGAACUGGAAUAUCUAUCUAUUUCCUCUGUGGUGUGGUGGAGUUGUUGCAAGAUACUUGAUUAUUUUCCCAGUUAGGGUCCUAGUUUUGACGCUUGGAUGGAUUAUUUUCCUUUCUCUCUACAUGCCAGUUCAUUUCUUAUUGAAAGGACAUGAUAAGCUGAGGAAGAAGAUAGAGCGUUCUCUCGUGGAGCUGAUUUGCAGUUUCUUUGUUGCAUCGUGGACUGGGGUAAUUAAGUAUCACGGGCCACGACCAAGUGUGAGAUCUAAGCAGAUUUUUGUGGCCAACCACACCUCCAUGAUUGAUUUCAUUGUUUUAGAACAAAUGACUGCAUUUGCUGUGAUCAUGCAGAAGCAUCCUGGUUGGGUCGGAUUGUUACAGAGUACUAUUUUAGAAAGUCUUGGAUGUAUUUGGUUCAACCGCGCAGAAGUAAAUGAUCGUGCUGUUGUACAAAGAAAGUUGAGGGACCAUGUGCAUGGGUAUGACAAUAACCCUCUUCUGAUAUUUCCUGAAGGAACUUGUGUUAAUAAUGAGUAUACAGUCAUGUUUAAGAAGGGUGCAUUUGAACUUGACUGCCCUGUUUGUCCCGUUGCUAUCAAGUACAACAAGAUUUUUGUGGAUGCCUUCUGGAACAGUAAGAAGCAGUCAUUUACUACACACCUGCUUCAGCUAAUGACGUCUUGGGCCGUUGUUUGUGAUGUUUGGUAUCUAGAGCCCCAAACAAUAAAACCUGGAGAGACUCCCAUUGAAUUUGCCGAGAGGGUCAGAGACAUGAUCUCUCAUAGAGCAGGCCUGAAAAAGGUUCCUUGGGAUGGCUACCUGAAGUACUUACGCCCUAGCCCUAGGUUCACAGAGAGCAAGCAACAAAGCUUUGCUGAAUCAAUAUUACGACGUUUUCAAGAAAAGUGAAGUUCUUAUCCAUGUUUCGGUGAGCUCCUUUCGACAACUUGUUACUGUAUUUAGCAAUCAGCUGCUUACUUGCUGCUCUUGAUCCAUAAAUAGAACAUAAAGUUUUUUGUUACAUGUGAUUUUGCAUGUAGCUGCCUGUUCCAUAGGAAGUUUUUGAUUUGGGAGACAUGUUUGAUUAGAAAUUCUUGGAUCAUCAUUAACUUGUAAACUUUGAAUUGUUAAUAUGAGCCUUGUUUACAGCACUAGGAAGAAAUGAAAACCAAAUUAGAUGCUUGUGCA